AUGGAAACAAAAAAAAAAUCCAAAAGUGUAACUUAUGAGCAAAAACAAUUACUAAUUGAUUUUGUUCAUAAGCAUCCAAAAUUAAAUACGAAGAAAUUUGGACCUUCGUUUACCAUGAAGGAUUCACAGUUGUUGUGGCAAAAUAUUUCAAAUACUCUGAAUGAAACAAUUGGACCAAAAAAAACUUGGGUUGAAUGGAGAAAGUGUUUUCAAUACUUAAAAUCGGCUGCAAAACAAAAAGUCCCUUCAAAAUCUCAUUAUAAUAAGACUGGCGGAGGUGAAAAACAAGACGAAGAGUGCAUUGACCAAGCUGAUGAACAACUAUUGGAUAUUUUAGGGCAUACUGCUAUUCAUGGUCAUGAAACUGUCCCUGAAAGUACUUGUACUGUUUCAUUUUUGCAUGACAACACUGAUAACGUUUUAGCUACAGAGGAUACAGAGGAGUUGGUUUUAGUGAAUAUGCAUGCAGAAGAAGAUAGUAAUAAUUUAGAUGUCAUUACUAUUUCCGUAAAUUCAAAUAACAGCAAUGAGGAAGAUAGUACUGAAAAAGCAAAUGAAUCUGAUCCGUUUGACCAAUUUAUUGGUACUGUUAAAAAAAGAAGUUUGGAUAACCCUUUUGAAGAGGAUUUACAAAAUACACACAAUAAGUAUACUACCCACAGUCCACAUCUAGUGAUAAUACAUUUAAUAAGUUAUAGUUCAACUAUGAGUCAACAAGCCAUAGUCAAAUGUUCAGGGAGUAUAAUUGUGUUGAUUGUUGCUUCUUUUUAUUUAACUUUUUUCCUUUCUAUUUGUUCAUCUUUUUAUCUUAUAGUUAUAUUACUUUUCUUUUAA